AGGGUCUCUCCUCUGUAUUACAGAAAAGAAAAAGAAAAAAAUGUCAUUAGAAGAGGCGUAACACGUCAGUCCGUCCCCAGGUUUGUUUCCUGGAGUGGCUGAAAGAGAUCAGUCCUAACCUGCCCAGCAGGAAUAACGGUCCUUCCUCCAACUCUUUCCAAGGCUUAUAACUGUUUCGCAAGGAUCUUCAUUUCUCCAAAUUACUAUUUCUCCAUUCUGUUUUCCCCCACCGAACUGUUUGAAAAGACACUCACGCAAAUAUAUACCAGAUUCCAUUCUACUGUGUACCAUUGAAGGGCAUCCGAUUUAUAUUGAGCCUGCGUGCUGCUGAUUCAGGGAGUCGAGUCCAUGCGAACUGCAGUCUGAUCUACUCUUAUCAAUGAAGCAGCAGAUCAUGGCGGAUGGCCCCAGGUGUAAGAGGCGAAAACAAGCCAACCCAAGAAGGAAAAACGUGUUGAAUUACGAGAACGUGGUGGAAACAGGUUCGGAAACAGAUGAUGAUGACAAGCUACACAUUGCGGAAGAGGACGCUCUCCUUAACGCCUUGGACAGCGUGGGCAGUCCGGCGAGCACACGCAACCACGACGCCUCUCCGCGUGUCAGCCAAGCACUAAUUACGAAGGACGACGAAGAAGAUGACAUGAGGGAGAGUGGAGUGACCCAAGCCUGGCACAAUAACAGCAUGCUGCAAGCCUCAGUUGAUGGUACUGAUGAAAUGAAGGAUGAGUAUGACACUAUGGGGCCUGAAGCCACUCUUCAAACAGCUGCAAAUGGUACAGUUAAGAAUGUCGAUUGCACUUCGGAAUUCGAGGAGUUUUUUGCCAAACGGAAGCUGGGAGAAGGAGAGAGCCAUGUGGUCAGUAUUGCGGAGUACCUACAACGGGGUGACACUGCCAUUAUUUACCCAGAAGCCCCGGAGGAGGUGUCCCGCCUUGGUACACCGGAGGCCAAUGGACAGGAAGAAAAUGACCUGCCACCUGGAACUCCAGAUGCUUUCGCCCAACUGCUGACCUGCCCCUAUUGCGACCGGGGCUACAAGCGCUUGACAUCACUCAAGGAGCACAUCAAGUACCGCCAUGAGAAGAACGAGGAGAACUUCGCCUGCCCCCUGUGCAACUACACGUUCGCCUACCGCACCCAGCUUGAGCGGCAUAUGGCCACACACAAGCCGGGGAGAGAUCAGCACCAACUGCUGAACCAGGGAGCUGGCAAUCGCAAGUUCAAAUGCACAGAAUGUGGCAAGGCCUUCAAAUACAAACACCAUCUGAAGGAACACCUGCGGAUUCACAGUGGUGAAAAGCCCUACGAAUGCCCGAACUGCAAGAAGCGCUUCUCCCACUCCGGCUCCUACAGCUCCCACAUCAGCAGCAAGAAGUGUAUCGGCCUCAUCGCGGUGAACGGGAGGAUGCGGACCAGCGUCAAAACGGGCUCCUCGCCGACAUCGGCGUCCUCCUCCCCCACCAACACCGCCAUCACCCAGCUCCGGCACAAGCUGGAGAACGGCAAGCCCCUCAGCCUGCCCGAGCAGCCGGGCCUUCUGAAAAUCAAAACAGAGCCACUCGACUUCAACGACUACAAGCUCAUGAUGUCCUCUCAUGGCUUCGGCGGGCCCGGCCCCUUCAUGAAUGGAGGAAUGGGGGCCGCCAGUCCGCUGGGGGUGCACCCCGCAUCUCAAAGUCCGAUGCAGCAUCUAGGGGUGGGAAUGGAUUCUCAACUACUGGGCUACCCUACCAUGGGAAGCAAUUUGAGCGAAGUGCAGAAGGUCCUCCAAAUUGUUGACAACACUGUAUGCAGGCAGAAAAUGGACUGCAAACCCGACGAAAUCUCAAAACUUAAAGGUUACAUGAAGGAGCUUGGGUCUCAAAACGAGGAACAAGGACAAGGAGUGACCUCCCCUGGUGCUCCCCCAGGUGGUCUUCCAGUCGUCAGCCACAAUGGUGCCACUAAAAGUAUUAUUGACUACACGCUAGAAAAGGUGAACGAAGCCAAAGCCUGCCUCCAGAGCUUGACCACGGACUCAAAAAGACAAAUUAGCAAUAUUAAAAAGGAAAAAACGAAUCACAUAUUAGACCUAGGUACUGAAGAUAAAAUGCAUGACAAUAUUCUGUUUACACCUUUCUCCUGCCAGUACUGCAAGGAGACCUUCCCAGGUCCAAUUCCCCUCCAUCAGCACGAGCGCUACCUGUGUAAAAUGAACGAGGAAAUAAAGGCGGUCCUACAACCCAAUGAGAACAUAACUCCAAACAAACCAGGGGUGUUUGGAGAGAAACAUGCACUCCUGCUUUCUUCCAUGCUCUCUGAGAAAGGAGUGACGAGCCCCAUCAACCCUUACAAGGAGCACAUGUCUGUGCUCAAAGCGUACUUUGCCAUGAACAUGGAACCUAAUUCAGAGGAACUACUGAAGAUUUCCAUAGCUGUUGGCCUUCCUCAGGAAUUUGUGAAAGAGUGGUUUGAACAACGAAAAGUCUACCAAUACGGCAAUUCCAGAACACCACCACUAGAACGGAACAAUGUGGAGGUGGCGCUGGCUGCCACCAACACUCCAGCUAAAGACACAGUGCCAGCCAGGUCUCCAGUGUGCUUGAUAAAGCCCAUGGACCGCAUGACUUCCCCCUCCAUAGCAGAACUCCACAACAAUGUUAACAAUUGUGACACUCCUCUCAGGCUUACAAAACAGACCCAGUACACUGUUGGCAAGCAACCUGGUGAAAAAUUGGACCACUCGAGGAGCAAUACUCCUUCUCCUUUAAAUCUUUCCUCCACAUCUUCUAAAAACUCCCACAGUAGCUCAUACACUCCAAACAGCUUCACUUCAGAAGAUCUCCAGGCAGAGCCAUUGGACUUGUCUUUGCCCAAACAAGUGAAGGAACCUAAGAACAUUGUAACUGUAAAAAGCAAACCCAAACUUAACAACGUUAACAUUGACCACAACAGUGUUUCUUCUCCAUCUGAGCACUCAGAGGAGCCUUUGAACUUGGCCUAUUUAAAGAAAGAGUUCUGUGGUUCCAAUAACAGUCUUGACAAAAGCACUAAUCCGAUGUUCAGUAUUAACCCCUUUGGUGCCAAACCCUUGUACACAUCUCUUCCACCACAAAGCGCAUUUCCCCCAGCCACUUUCAUGCCUCCUGUUCAGACAGGCAUCCCAGGGCUGAGGCCAUACCCAGGGCUGGAUCAAAUGAGCUUCCUGCCACACAUGGCCUACACUUAUGCAACAGGAGCAGCCACUUUUGCUGAAAUGCAGCAAAGGAGAAAAUACCAGCGGAAACAAGGUUUCCAGGGGGAGCUGCUUGACGGAACAACAGAUUAUAUGUCAGGCCUGGAUGACAUGACAGACUCAGACUCCUGUCUGUCCCGGAAGAAGAUUAAGAAGACAGAAAGUGGUAUGUACGCGUGUGACUUGUGCGACAAAACAUUCCAGAAGAGCAGUUCCCUCCUAAGACACAAAUAUGAGCACACAGGCAAACGGCCGCAUCAGUGUCAAAUCUGCAAGAAGGCGUUUAAACACAAGCACCACCUGAUUGAACACUCACGGCUGCACUCGGGCGAGAAGCCCUACCAGUGCGACAAGUGUGGCAAGCGCUUCUCACACUCGGGGUCGUACUCGCAGCACAUGAACCACCGCUACUCCUAUUGCAAGAGGGAGGCGGAGGAGCGCGAGGCGGCCGAGAGGGAGGCCCGGGAGAAGGGCCACCUGGAGCCCACGGAGCUGCUGAUGAACCGGGCGUACUUGCAGAGCAUCACCCCGCAGGGCUACUCCGACUCGGAGGAGCGCGACGGGGUGCUGAGGGACGGGGACGAGGGCGCGAGGGAGAGGGCGAAAGAGGUGGAGGGCGGCUACGUGAAGAUAGGUCGGCAGGACGAGGAGUUCGAGGAGGAGGAAGAGGAAAGUGAGAAUAAGAGUAUGGACACCGAUCCGGACACGUUAAGAGACGAGGAGGAGAACGGAGAGCACUCGAUGGACGAUAGUUCGGUGGACGGGAAAACAGAAACCAAAUCAGAUCACGAGGAGGACAAUAUGGAAGAUGGCAUGUGAUAAACUACUGCAUUCUAAGCUUCCUAUGUUUUUUUCCAGUAGUAUUGUUACCUGCUUGAUUUAAACAAACACACUGCUGUGUUAAGCUGUACAUGCACGUGCCUGAUGCUUCCAGGAAGCUUGUGUGGUUGGACUGGAGAGGAGGGAGGCGACUCUGCCGACAGGGA